UCGUUCUCUGUUGGUUUGAGUUUUAGGGAGAUUUAUUAAUGUUUAGGGUACUAACAUUGCAGGGGCCAAAAAUAGUGGGAGAGUUUUGUGAUAUGAGAGAUACAGCCAACUACAUGACAGCCAAGAUUCUCAAGGCCAAACUAAACAGUGUUACUGAGGAUACAUAUAAGCUUAGUACCCAGUUAAAAAAUUUCUUGUGCACUAAUCAUCUCAUUGCUUUUGUGUAUCAGAUUUUCCCAAGUAAUGCUCAUCAACACUGGCUCCGUUUUAAACUAGAGCCUCCUGAAAGCACUUCCCAUGUGUACAAGCGCAAGAACAACAAAUCACAGCCCCAUUGUAGAUCUGAGGGGAAAAGAAGGCAUGAGAGUUUAAAAAGCCUGAUGAAACCCUAACUUAGUAGCGGCCCAAUUCCUUAGCAGAUUGGAAUAUUCUGGAGAGAACCAGUGACCCUCUUCAGUCAAUGUAUUGUGAGUCCUACUGUGUGCCAGGCUCCCAGUUGUGUGCAAAGGAGGCAGAAACGAAUAAGCACCUUCCUUGCACUCAGACGGCACCAAAUCUACCUCUCUCUUCUCUGCUUAAUCUUUUUGUCUCUAAGUCUUGCAUGAUCAAGCUGCCACAUGGAGAUCUAGUUUAGUGGUUUCAUAAUGCAAUGCCCCCCCCGCCCCGCUAACGUCACAGUGCCUUGGUGACUUUUACUCUGAAAUCCAUGGAAAUGUGAAGUUUACUGUUUUGCUCUCCCUGAUAAAAUAAAGCAUAAUAACUAGUUGCUGGGUUACUGCAUAAAACACAGGCCCAAAAUGUAGCCGGGAAGAGCAGUUAGCAAUUAAGUAAAGGAAAUGACUAGUGGGUUUGAAACUCAACGCACGGCCCGCGUACUUCUUAGCAUAGGAAGGCAUCUGGGUUACUGAGGAAACUUUUAUCACUAAGGAAGUCGUUUUGGUGACUCAUGCUCAUACAGAACGACUUCUUUCAAAAUCUGUGUAUUUGGUGACCUUACCAUUAGACUUCUGUUUUCCUUUUUCUUUGGACUGGGACAGAAAAAGCUCCGUUUGGACGGCACGGGUUUGUUACUUAGUAGCAUGUUAUUUACUGGCUGGCCCACGUUUUGAAAUUUAAUGGACUCGUGGUGAUCAGAGUAAAAGAGAGAAGCCUUCCGCGUGAGGCCAGGGCACAGAGCACUAUUGGUGCCAUUCAUGAGCCUUAGCCGCCGAGACCUUUUCUGUGAGGCCCCUUUAAGGGAACAUGGGAGAAGGGCUAGUCCAGUGGUUCUCAAAGUGUGGUACCCAGUCCAGCAACACCAGCAUCAUCUGGUGUUUGUUGGCAGUGCUAUCGGUUCCCACCCCAGGCUGACCGGGUCAGAACUCUGGAGCAGAGGCACAACAAUCUGGUUUUUAAUUAGACUUCCAGAUGAUUCUGAGGAGUGCUGAAGUCUGUGAACCACUAUGCUCGUGAAUUUUUUGUAUUUGUGGCCAUGAAGAGUAUGAAAAAAAUAACGGUUGGAGAGUGGGGACGUUUAUGAGUCUGUUGAUGAGGAAAUGAAGAAUAGAUAGAAAAGAAUGUUUUUACUUUAGAAUUCAAAAAAUAAAGGGUCUGGAAUUUAAUGUGGAGGACUGAUUGCUUGCAAGAACCCUUGCGUUCUCAGAGAAGGGCAAUCCGGAUGACUGGGGUCCUGUGAAAUGUACUGGCAUGGUUCUGAAAUUCUCGAAUAAUCUCUUGUGAGAAAAGGCAUGCCUUUCUAUAUGAGGACAUACAUUCAACUCAGGUUUGUAAAACCCUUUAAGACUCUCAUGUUCCAUUGGCUUCACCAACUCAUUUGCAUCUCGAGGCCCCUGUUCCUGCAUCUGAAAACCAUAUGCGUUGUUACUUGCCACACAUGAUCUCAUCAGAAUGAAGUCAGAGAUUCGGGGUAUGUAAGAGGAUUUGUGAAGUGAUUUGAUUACUGAAAAAUGUGAAACAUAAGGAUGAAGAAUAAUUAAUAUUGAUAUUGACAGUAAAGAGGGGGUUAGAAGGUGAUAUAAAGAUGGGUGGCUGUUUCAACUUCCCUUUGACACAUAUCCCCUUUAGUCCUGGCUCUGUCAUAUAUUAGUUUUUGAUGUUAAGUAAAUCACAGUUUUUCAGAGCUUUUCACCUUAGAUUUCUCAACAAAAAAAGAGCAUCAGUGAUACCUACUGAGAGGACUGUUGUGAGAAAAAAAUUAGAUUAAAAUAUGAAAAUGCAGCUUGUAAAGGUCAAACAUUACACAUUUUAGAUAUUGUUGUUAGGAUUGUUGUUGUUCUAUGUCUGGGUUGAGGAAGCUUUGGGAUUGUUGACAUAAUGACAUCCAGGAGUUUGGAAUAAAUGUGUAUGUCAGCAGAUUUUAUGAUUACAAAAAAUAGCUAUGUUUACUUUUCUAUUAAUUCUUCUCCAAUGGAAUGUUUUCAUUUUCUCAUGAAACGAGGGAGAUCCACAUAUAUUUUAUUAAAGAAAGCAAGCCUGAUAUUUUCUAUCCUUUGAACUGAAAGACUACAUUUCACUCAUUCUUUCAGGGAAAGAUGACAGAUUCAGGAGUCAGGCUACCUGGGUAAAUUCCCAAGUUAUGGAUAAGCUUCAGUUCCCUUGUAUAUAAAAAGGAGGUGUUAAUAAUGCAGAGGUGUCUGAAGAUGAAGUGAGAAAUGUACAUAAAAUACAUAGUAGAGGGGCACAUGGGAAGCACUCAAUAAUGUGGGUUGUUAUUAAACUAUAGGAUGAAAAGGGGCAAUGUGUCUGAAAAGUCAAGGGCAGGAGAAAAUAAGAAGACAAGGGGACAGCUUGUACAAUGCCCUGACCGUUUUGCAAAUGGAAAUUCAAGCAGGUCCCAUGACUUUGCUGGUCACUCUUUCUAAAUUAAACAAUUCUCUGAUUGUUUCUAAUAGAGAAAAUUAAUCAUAGUGAUUUCAAAUCUAAUAAUCUAAAUUUCUACCUAAUAAUCAAAAUUUCAAUCUUGCUUUUAAGUUACGUGUCUUCUGUCUCCAGGCUUGAGUGUGCUGGAUGCAAGGAAAUGGGAGUACUGGGUCUCUCUUUACUAAGUGCUUCUCCUCCUCCUUCCCCACCUUGCUUACCAAGGUCUCUUGCUGCUUCAGGAUUAGAUCUCAUUGAGAAGAGGUGAGGGAGAUAAGAAAGUUCUUUCUUGACAAGUACUGUUGGUGGUCUAGAGUUUACACAUCUCCAUUUGGCCUGUCUUUAAAACUGGCCCUUUUUCUAGCAGGUGCUUCUCUGGGGACUUCUCAUCUUUGAGAUGACUCUCUGAAAGCGCCGUUAACAUGCAGAGGCACCUUCAUAUUUGGUCUUCCACAGUCCCUAGGAGUCAUUCCGAAGUACACUCUUGGCUUCUUUUCGCUGUGGUAACUUUUUUCCAGGGGCCCAUCCUCCCACAAGAUCUAAAACAGCAAGCUCUCCCUUGUAUGGCUCAGAUCUGGUCCAAGGGAAAUACUUUACCUUCUAGAACUCAGAGGAUAGAGGAUAGGUACAGUUGUAAACUCCCACAGUGGUCCAUUGAAGCUCUUUGCAUUGGGCCUGAGGUAAGUAGCAAACAGCUCCAUAGACCUUCUGGGGAAAAAGGUCAAUCCACAGAGAAUGCUGGCAACUUUCUCCAAAAACUUUCCUCUUCUGGGCACCUGGGUGGCUCAGUCAGUUAAGCGACCGACUCUUGGUUUUGGCUCAGGAUCAUGAUCCCAGGGUUGUGAGAUCAAGCCCUGCAUUGGGCUUCCCACUCAGCGGGGAGUCUGCUUCCUCUCUCCCUUGCCCCCCCCCAUGCUCCUGCACAUGUGUUCUCCCUCUCUCUCUCCCUCUCUAAAAUAAAAUAAAUCUUUAAAAAAAACCCUUUCCUUUUCAAUAAUCUCCAACUCAUUUAUACCUUCAACAUGGGCAGAUAGAUGUUUGUAAGAGUUAUGUAACUCUUUCUGGAGCCCUUCCUUUGAAAACUUUGCAAUAUAGUGUUAUAUUUCACUUCGGAAUGUAGCUUCAGUUGAAACUUGUACUUUAACUCCUAUUAAAGGUAAAGGGGGAAAGGAUCACUUUGACCCUCAUGAGUGCCCAGAUCCCAAAGUAAUCCCAAAGUAAAGCUUUCAAUGUGAGUAUUUUUUUUCAGAUGUUCAUAUUUAAUCUUUUCCUCAUAGGCAGCUUUUUGCUUUUUAAAGUGACUAACUUACGUUAUUCCUGACUUGCAUUAUCAGUGUUGGGGCUGACGCAUGUAAUUGUGCUAAAAUGUGUUUAAAAAUGGUGUUCAGAUGAAAUUGGAACGCUGUUAACUUUUAUCAGUUGUAAUGUGAUCCUAAACUCCCACUUGUAUUGAAAUAAGCUUGUCUUGAGACAAAUUAAAUAUGUUAUGUCUGUUGUGUUUAAGUUUUUAAAAUUAUUAUUAUUAUUGUUAUUAUUUUUGCAUUUCAGGCAUAACAUUCUCUAAUGUGAAAGCUCACAGACAGGGGCAUGUGUACAAGUCGAAACAGCUCUCAGCUCAGGCCCAAAAUGUCUGUGACUGCCUUGUGGUAGUUCUGGAGGGGGGUAUCUAAGUACAGUACGAAUAUGGACUUGGACUUGGAAUGUCAUAUAGCUGGGGAUGUGCUCAAAGGAGAUGAUGAUACUUGGGAAGAUGACCUGAACCUGUGAACUUUGAGCCAAUUUGAGGGUAUGGAGGCAGGAGUCAAAAAGGAAAGAAAGAAAGAAAGAGACUCUUCUAAAUUUUGUGCAGCACUGUAAUUUAAACAGGAUUUAGUGUGGAACGUACUGCACAGUGUAUCAAAGUGGAUACAGAGAUGCAUCAGAAUGCUAUUUAGAGAGAUGAACCAGAAGUAUGCAAAUAUUCCAUUUCAUAACUCCCUGGCCUGGUUGUCCGUUGGAAAUCUGAGAUCUAGCUAGGUAAUUGAAGAAGUGAGAAAAGAAAGCUGUGUGCCUGCACACGUGGUGGCUGCCAUUGAUGUAAACACUGUCGCUAAUGAAGUCUACAAGUAUAAUUUUCCUCACACACAGUUAUUGGCCAAGACAAUCGAAGGCAUUACACUAGAAGAGUUUGACAAAUUGUCGUUCAAUACGAUUUUAAUGAGCCCUCCCUGUCAGCCAUUCACCAGAAUUGGCCUGCAAGGUGAUGUGACUGAUCCGAGGACGAAUAGCCUCUUAUAUAUUCUAGAUAUUCUCCCAAGGUUACAAAAAUUACCGAAAUAUAUUCUUUUAGAAAAUGUUAAAGGCUUUGAAGUAUCUUCUGCAAGAGACCUGUUAAUACAAACAUUAGAAAAUUGCGGUUUUCAGUACCAAGAAUUUCUAUUAUCUCCAACCUCUCUUGGCAUUCCAAAUUCAAGGCUACGAUAUUUUCUUAUUGCAAAGCUUCAGUCAGAACCAUUACCUUUUCAAGUCCCUGGUCAGGUACUGAUGGAGUUCCCCAAAAUUGAAUCUGAACAUCCAGAAAGAAAUACAAUAGAUGGAGAAAAUAAAAUUGAAAGAGAGAAAAUUGAACCAAAUAUUUGCUUUGAUAAGAGCAGACAAUGUUCUGGAAAAGAGGCCAUUCUUUUUAAGCUUGAAACUGUAGAAGAAAUCGACCGGAAACUUCACCAGGACAGUGAUCUCUCUGUGCAAAUGCUAAAAGAUUUUCUUGAAGAUGAUGUUGACGUGAAUCAGUAUUUUUUACCGCCAAAAUCAUUGCUGCGAUACGCUCUUUUGUUAGACAUUGUUAAGCCCACUUGCAGAAGGUCCACAUGCUUUACCAAAGGUUAUGGAAGCUACAUAGAAGGGACAGGAUCUGUGUUACAGACGACUGAGGAUGUGCAGAUUGAGGAUAUCUACAAAUCCCUUACCAAUUUGUCACAAGAAGAAAAGAUAGCAAAAUUGUUAAUGCUUAAACUUCGAUAUUUCACUCCUAAAGAAAUAGCAAAUCUCCUUGGAUUUCCUUCAGAGUUCGGAUUUCCUGAGAAGAUAACAGUGAAACAGCGUUAUCGUCUACUUGGAAACAGUCUCAAUGUGCGUGUUGUAGCUAAACUAAUCAAAAUCCUAUACGACUAAUUUAAAAAUGACUCUGAGAGAUGGUCACAUUAUUUCUUCAUAUCCAGAUGGUAAUUCUGAAAUUCUAUUUUGAGUUGAUUCUGAUGAAAUUCAACUAAACUAUUUUUAUCUCUUUAAAAAGAAAUUUGGAUUUAUCAUAGAAAUGCCAGUUUUUUUCCCUAAAUUUGUAUUACUGUAUUUUGUAAAGCAGAAAUUAUUAUUAUGCUUUAGGAGAAUAUAUUUUCAUACGAAAUUGCUAAAUAUACAUGUAAAAUGUUCUCUUUUUAAUAUUAUGGUAUCAACAAAUUUAGGAACCUUGGAGUUUGAAUGUCUACAUGAGUAUUUUAUGAAGUGUUGUGACAGGCAUAGUAUAGUGAACCUGAGAUAAUUAUGUUUUUAAAUGUGAAUUAAACAAAUUGCUUUAUGAAUCCUA